CAAGCUUGCAACACAAUGAAAAUGGUACUGGUAUAAACCAACCUGAAGGGGAUAUAAAAAAUUGAAGGCGAGAAAAAAUAGAAGUAUUCUGAAAUUUUGGGCAAAGUGUGCAUGCUUUCACCAGUGAUGAUGUUGAAGCUCAUAACAUUAUCAUCAUCGCGUAUGAAAGCACCGGAAACCAAAUCAUAACCCAUUAACUAUCAUAAAUUUCACAGCAAAAAAUGGUAUAUGACUGUCACCAGAGCCUCACAUAUCUUUCUGUCAAACAGCGAGUCUGAGACGUUAAGCAGCUCUAUACCAAGCCACCCACCGACAGACUAACUCCUAGAUCCAAACAACAUUUAGAAGAAUCCAGUUUUGGAGGAGCCAGAAGACUUACAUGGGAACCCCACCCAAUAUAUAUACACGAUAUCAUCCCCGGCUCCUCGGCCACAACACCGGCAGGAUGCAGCUCUUCGGAGUUCGGAGGAAUGCCAUCGAGCCUCUGGCCAACACCGACCCCCAUAGGUCUGCAAUGGAUGUGCCGUCCUCCGAGAUGCCCUGUAUGCUACAUACUCCCUCCAUCCUCAAAUAAGUGGACAUCUAACUCUAAACUUUGUCCACAAAAGAGUGUACUUCUAUCUUCAUAAUGCACUUUAAUUGCUUCUCUCUCAUCGCACGGAAAUCAAACCCAAUAAUAUUAAACACAUAUUUUUCUUGUUUUCUACAUGCACUUAGUCUAUUGGAGGUGAAAGAAUUAAAGAGGAGAGAUGCAUGUUUUUAAUGUAUUUUUUACUCCACUUCAUAAUUUAUCUUGAAAAACCCGCAUGUACACUUAUUUGUGGACGGAGGGAGUAUUUUCUUUCACACCAAUCUUAAACUUGUACCUAGAGGCAUGAAAAUAGAACAAUGGACCAAUACUAUAAUGAUGCCCAUAUGAACGGUUUUACAUCUACGUUAAUAUUGCGUUCUACAUACAUCUUCAGGGGAGCUUCAUGUAAGAUCACAAUUUAAAUUAUUAUGAGAUCACAAUUUACAUACAUCUCCCGCUGCAGCAGCCUGCUCCCGCUGCCACCAUCUAGGGUUGAGUGUGUCGUUGGUUCAUCGUGCUUCAGCGUUGGGGAGCAGUAGGAGGAAGGAGGCGAGGAGCAACGCGGUACGAUGCGGCUAUCGGGAGAUGCGGAGCACACACGCCGCGGGCGAACGGUUGCCGUAGUCGACGGCGGACGAGGGGAAAACUCGAGAAUAAGCAGCGAGCAACCUCGGGAUAGGCGGCCGAAAAUUUCUCUAGAAGAAAACGAGUGGAAGAGUUUAGGAUAGGGAUGGGCCCACACACCCAUAAUGCCAAAGUGAUAAUUUUCCAUGUUGCUUGUAAAACAGUGGAAGAGGACAGUACCGAACUGAUUAAGCAUUUUGCAUCUUUUUUGUAGACAAGAGUGAUGGCAAUCCACGGCAUAGGUCCGCAAAAGUUGUUCGCUAUGGCAGCUAAAUUCAUCGAGCCGCUGCAGGUUUUUGUGGCCGGUGAUACUUUAGGAUAUAUCCACGUGUAUUCAUAUGAAAAAGAGGAGAAGCUGCAGAGUUUUAGAGGUCACGCAGAACACGUCACCUUGCUGGAGGUUCACCCCAGUAAGCCAUUAGUGCUUUCGGCAUCUUGGGACAAUGUGAUCAAACUUUGGGACUGGAAGGCUGGCUGGCAGUGCAUACGGACAUUCGAAGGACACUCGGAAGAUAUUGAGCAAGCAAUCAGGUUCAAUCCGCAUACAGCGGGAAACACUUUUGCUAGUUGUUCAGAGGACUGCACGAUAAAGAUCUGGGACAUGUAUUCUCCUAGUCCUACUCCUGUCGCCUCAUUCGAAUGCGGUUCUAGACAUGCUCGUGGUCUUGAUUAUUUCAGCCCGGGUGGUGAUUUGCAGUAUUUGGUUGCACGUUUGUAUGGGAGAGCACAGAUCUGGGAUUUGCAAGAAAAAAAACGUAUUAAACGUAUCAAGGGAUUACAAGACAUUGGCUGCAAUAUUGCUGUGGUUGAAAAUCUUUCAGGUCGUCCGAUUCUGCUUACGGUGUCAGAUGACCACACUGUUUCUUUUUGUGACUCAACUACUCACAGGUAUGAGAACUGGGUGAACUUUAAUUUGGGACGUGUCCGGGGCUGUGCAUACAUUAACAUGACAAAAAGCCUCGCCGUCCUAUGUGAAAAGGGAAUUGGACUAAUGGAAAUCGAUUGAUCUUCCACAAAGAUUCUCAUUUAAUGAAGAUGAUAGAGGUGGUUUUUGACGUUUACUCGGUAUACUACUUUGGACGUGUUUGGUUCAGCUUUGGUAACGUAAACAUAAACUGUAACAGAUAACAGAUGUAUUAGCUCUGUAAAAGGAAAAUCGCUAGUAUUUUGUUUGGCUCUGGUGUGUAACGGCACAAGUUUCCUUACCUCUGUUUGGUUCAGCAAGUUGCAGUACAUAAUCAAGUUAUA